AUGGACGACCUGCGGGUGCUGUGGAUGCGCGACCGCGUGUACUGCGCCUUGGGCCUCACCGACCCGGCGCUCUUCGAGGAGCUGCUGAGCCGCAACGACGGCGAAGUGGAGGACGAGGUGCUGCAUUUCCUCAACCAGGCGAGCGACGAGGAGGCGGCGUCCACGGUCUUCUUCUACCGCUCCGUGGUGCAGGAGGAGGUGGAGGUGGAGCUGGACGACAUUCCCCUGCCUUCGGAUGAGGAAGAGGAGGAAGAAGAGGAGGAAACUAUGAAAAUCGAGUCAGAUAGAGGAUCAGCUAAGAGCUGGCAGCCGAGGACCAACUCUCUGUUCCUGCCAGUCUCCGAGGAGGAAGAGGCGGCUGACCCUGUGGAAGGUGCUCCUGCCAAAAAAGUUAUGAAGCGCACUGUGGAGAAGAUGGUGCUUCAUGUGCUUUUCACCCCUGUUCCCGAGGAGCUUUUGGAACAUAACGUGGUGUUUUUUCUCAGAAAUACAAAAGAGCCCAUCCCGGAAGCCAGCGACAUGAAGGAGGCCAUGGAGAUCAUGCCCGAGACGCUGGAGUACGGGGUGCUCAACGCCAACGUGCUGGGCCAGCUGAAGGACAUCAUCUCCCUGGUGUACCUGCCGGCCUUGUCCUUCACCCAGCACAAGGACAUCCCCUCGGGCUUCCUGCACGGCGACAUCCCUUUCCCCGUGGAGUACGAGAUGAGCCUGCCGUCGCUGCCGGGGGAGGCGGUGGAGUUCCACAGCAUCCAGCUCAUGCGGGACGAGUUCAUGAUGAACCUGCAGAAGUUCGUGGGCAGCAUCCAGAGGAUCCUGCAGCAGCUGGAAGGUGAGAUCAAGCUGACCCUGCCGCCCAUCAGCGUGGACGGCGAGGUGUCGGCCCUGGCCGCCGACCCGGCCACCGUGGACGUCCUGGAGCAGUGUGUGAUCAACUGGCUGAACCAGAUCACCGUCGCGGUGGACAGCCAGCUCAAGAAGACCCCUCAGGGCAACGGCCCACUGGCCGAGAUUGAAUUCUGGCGGGAGAGGAAUGCCACGCUCAGCGCCCUGCACGAGCAGACGAAGAUCCCGGUGGUCAGGAAGGUGCUGGAGGUGAUCCGGGAGGCCGACUCGAUGGUGGUGACCAACCUGCAAGCAGUGCUCACAGGCCUUUACAAGCUGCACAUGGAAGCGUCGGACAACGUGCGCUUCCUGGCCACGGUGGAGCGCCACUUCAAGAACAUCACGCACGGCACCAGCUUCCACGUGGUCCUGGAGAGCAUCCCGUCCAUGCUGAGCGCCCUGCGCAUGGUGUGGAUCAUCUCCCGCCACUACAACAAGGACGAGCGCAUGAUCCCGCUCAUGGAGAGGAUCGCCUGGGAGAUCGCCGAGCGGGUCUGCAAGGUGAUCAACCUGCGCACACUCUUCAGAGAGAACCGGGCGAGCGCGCAGCACAAGACCCUGGAGGCCAAGAACACGCUGCUGAUGUGGAAGAAGGCCUACUUCGACACCAGGGCCAAGAUCGAGGCCUCGGGGAGAGAGGCGCGCUGGGAGUUCGACCGCAAACGCCUGUUUGAGAGGACGGAUUACAUGGCCACCAUCUGCCAGGAUCUUUACGACAUCCUGCAGGUGGUGGAGGAGUUCUACAACAUCUUCGGCCCAGAGCUAAAGGCGGUGACCGGGGACCCCAAGCGCAUCGACGACGUCCUGUGCCGCGUGGACAGCCUGGUGACCCCCAUGGAAAACCUGACCUUCGACCCCUUCAGCAUCAAGGCGUCCCAGUACUGGAAGUACGUCAUUGAGGACUUCAAGGUGGAAGUCCUGGUGAUUGAGAAAGAAGCAAAACAUUUCAUCGAUGAGUCUUUCAAGACGCUGCGAUCAGCCGAAGCAGCCUUUGACAUGCUUUUAAAAUUUAAGCACAUCCGGUCACGGGAGGCCAUUAACCGACAGAUGAUGAUGAAGUUUAACGACAUCCUUGCCCAGUAUUGUAAAGAGGUGGACAUCAUCAACAGACUGUUCAUCCAAAACCUGGACAACCCCCCGCUGUGUAAGAACCACCCGCCCGUGGCGGGCGCCAUCUGCUGGGAGCGGUCCCUGUUUCACCGCAUCAAGCACACCAUCCUCCGCUUCCAGGAGGUGGAGGAGAUCAUGGACAGCGAGGGGGGCCAGGAGGUGCGGCAGAAAUACCUGGAGGUGGGCAGGAGGAUGAAGGACUAUGAAGACACGAAGUACGAGCAGUGGAGGGAGGCGACGGAGCAGAUCCUGCCGGUGCUCAUGAAGAAGAGUCUGCUGACUAAGGCCAUCACUGUGGCGGAGGAUACCACCAACUCCAGCAAGGGCACGGUCUUCGUCAUCAACUUCUCGCCGGCUCUCAGGGAGAUCAUCAAUGAAACCAAGUACAUGGAACAGCUGGGCUUCUCCGUCCCCGAGCUGGCGCGGAAUGUCGCCCUCCAAGAGGACAAGUUUCUUAGGUACACGGACGGGAUGCAGCGCAUGCUGGACCACUACCACGUGCUGCUGGGCACCCUGAGCGACGCCGAGUCCCGCCUGCUGGAGGACUUCUCCCAGGAGCUGGUGCGCGUGUUCUGGCCUGGGUACAAGAGGCUGAACUGGAACUCGCUCGGCAUCGCCGAUUACAUUGCCCGCUGCAAACAGGCAAUUGGGAAGUUCGAGUCCCUGGUGCACCAGAUUCAUAAGAAUGCCGAGGACAUUUCCAGUAGGCUCAUGUUGAUUGAGUCCAUAAACCUCUUUAAAUUUCCGGCUCGUAAAAAUGAGGAGGAGCUCCCUGGCGUGAAGGAGUUCUUCGAACACAUAGAACGGGAACGGACCAAGGACGUGGACCACAUGGUCCGCUGGUAUCUGACUAUCGCGCCCCUGCUGACCAAAGUCGAGGGCCUGGUGGUCCACACCAACACGGGCAAGGCCCCCAAGCUGGCCUCCUACUACCAAUACUGGGAGAACCGCAUCUACGAGGCGCUCACCAGGCUCAUCCUCAAAAACCUGCAAUCUUUCAACUCUCUCAUCCUUGGAAAUGUCCCUCUGUUCCAAACGGAAACCAUUUUGACGGCGCCGGAAAUCAUCCUUCAUCCCAACGCCAAUGAGAUUGACAAGAUGUGUGUACACUGCGUGCGCAGCUGUGUGGAGGUCACCAAGCACUUUGUCCGCUGGAUGAACGGCAGCUGCAUCGAGUGCCCGCCCCAGAAGGGGGAGGAGGAAGAGGUGACCGUCUUCAGCUUUUACCACGACAUCUGCCAGAACCCGCAGGUCAUCCAGCAGGCUGUCAUGGUGCCCCAGAAUGUCCACAGGAUCCUGGUCAGCCUCAUGAAGUACCUGCAGAAGUGGAAGCGGUACCGCCCGCUCUGGAAGCUGGACAAAGCCAUCGUGAUGGAGAGGUUUGCAGCCAAGAAGCCGCCCUGCGUGGCCUUCGACGAGAAGCUGCAGUUCUACGCCAGGAUCUCCGACGAGGUCAUGCACCGCGUGCUGGUCAAGGACGAGCACUGCAUCCGGCUGCAGCUGGCCCCGCUGGCCAGCACGGUGCAGGAGAACGCCAAGUCCUGGGUGGUCUCGCUGGGGAAACUGCUAAACGACUCGGCCAGGGAGGAGCUCUACAGCCUGCACGAGGAGAUGGAGGUCCUGGCCAAAAACCUGAGGAAGGGCCCAGAUUCCCUGGAGGACCUCAAGUUUGUGCUGGGGACCAUCGCGGAGAUUAGAAGUAAAUCCCUGUCCAUGGAGCUCAGGUACCGGGAUGUGCAGGAGCGCUACCGCACCAUGGCCCUCUACAAACUCUACCCUCCCGAGGCGGAGAGAGAACUGGUGGAGACGCUCGAGAGCACGUGGUCCGCCCUGUUCGAGGAGUCGCAACACGUGGAGCACUCGCUGGGCAGCAUCAAGAGGACCUUCACGGAGAUCACGCGCACGGAGAUCAUGACCUACCGGACGCAGAUAGACGAAUUUGCCAAACGCUUCUACAGUGCCGGGCCGGGCUCCGUGGGCGAGGACCUGGACAGAGGAGUGGAACUUCUGUCUGUGUUUGAAAGAGAGCUGGCAAGGCAUGAGAAGAACCGGCAGGAGCUGGCCAACGCGGAGAAGCUUUUCGAUCUCCCCAUCACGAUGUACCCAGAGCUGCUCAAGGUGCAGAAGGAGAUGUCGGGGCUGCAGCGGAUCUACAGCCUCUACGAAAAUCUCCGGUCUGCCAAGGAGGAGUGGUCACAAACCCUGUGGGUCAACCUGAACGUGCAAGUUCUCCAGGACGGCAUCGAGGGCUUCCUCAAGAGCCUGCGGAAGCUGCCCCGGCACGCGCGCAGCCUGCCGGCGGCCGCCCACCUGGAGAGCAAGAUGAAAGCCUUCAAGGAGUCCAUCCCUCUGCUUCUCGACCUGAAGAAUGAGGCACUCAGGGACAGGCACUGGCAGGAGCUGAUGGAGAAGACAGGUGUAUUCUUUGAAAUGACCGAGACCUUCACCUUGGAAAACAUGUUCGCGAUGGAGCUUCACCGACACACUGACGUUCUCAGCCAGAUUGUGACCUCGGCCAUCAAGGAGAUCGCCAUCGAGAAGGCUGUGAAGGACAUCCUGGACACGUGGGAGAACAUGAAGUUCACCGUGGUCAAGUAUUACAAGGGCACGCAGGAGCGCGGCUACAUCCUGGGCUCCGUGGAGGAGGUGGUCCAGUGCCUGGACGACAACACGGUCAACCUGCAGAGCAUCUCGGGGAGCAGAUUCGUGGGGCCGUUCCUGAGCACCGUGCACAAGUGGGAGAAAACCCUCUCGCUCAUCGGGGAGGUGAUCGAGAUCUGGAUGUUAGUCCAGAGAAAAUGGAUGUAUCUGGAAAGCAUUUUCAUCGGGGGAGACAUCAGAUCACAACUUCCAGAGGAGGCCAAGAAGUUUGACAACAUCGACAGGAUAUUUAAAAGGAUCAUGGCCGAGACCCUCAAGGACCCGGUGAUCAAGAAGUGCUGUGAGGCGCCGAACCGCCUGAAGGACCUAGAGAACAUCAGCGACGGCCUGGAAAAGUGCCAGAAGAGCCUCAAUGACUACCUGGACUCCAAGAGGAAUGCCUUCCCCCGCUUCUUCUUCAUCUCCGACGAUGAGCUGCUCAGCAUCCUGGGCAGCAGCGACCCGCUGUGCGUGCAGGAGCACAUGAUCAAGAUGUUCGACAACAUCGCGGCGCUGCGCUUCCACGACACGGAUAGUGGGGAGAAGCUGGCGUCGGCCAUGAUCUCGGCCGAGGGCGAGGUGAUGGAGUUCCGCAAGAUCGUGCGCACCGAGGGCCGCGUGGAGGACUGGAUGACAGCGGUGCUGAACGAGAUGCGCAGGAGCAACCGGCGCAUCACCAAGGAGGCCAUCUACCGCUACUGCGAGGACCGCAGCAGGGUCGACUGGAUGCUCCUGUACCAGGGCAUGGUGGUGCUGGUGGCCAGCCAGGUGUGGUGGACCUGGGAGGUGGAGGACGUGUUCCAGAAGGUGAAGAAGGGGGAGAAGCAGGCCAUGAAGAACUAUGGUAACAAGAUGCAUAAGCAGAUCGACGAGCUGGUGACGCGCAUCACCUCGCCGCUGAGCAAGAACGACCGCAAGAAGUACAACACCGUCCUCAUCAUCGACGUGCACGCCCGCGACAUCGUGGACUCCUUCAUCAGGGCCAGCAUCCUGGAGGCCCGCGAGUUCGAAUGGGAGAGCCAGCUGCGGUUCUAUUGGGACCGGGCCCCGGACGAGCUCAUCAUCCGCCAGUGCACGGGCACCUUCGGUUACGGCUACGAGUACAUGGGCUUGAACGGGAGGCUGGUCAUCACGCCCCUCACGGACCGCAUCUACCUGACGCUCACGCAGGCGCUCUCCAUGUUCCUGGGUGGGGCGCCUGCUGGCCCCGCCGGCACCGGCAAGACCGAGACCACCAAGGACCUGGCCAAAGCCCUGGGCUUGCUCUGCGUGGUCACCAACUGCGGCGAAGGCAUGGACUACAAGGCCGUCGGGAAGAUCUUCUCGGGCCUCGCCCAGUGUGGCGCGUGGGGCUGCUUUGACGAAUUCAACCGCAUCGACGCCUCCGUGCUGUCGGUCAUCUCUUCCCAGAUCCAGACGAUCCGAAACGCUCUCAUCCAUAACCUCACCACCUUCCAGUUUGAAGGGCACGAGAUCUCCCUGGACCCGAGGAUGGGCAUCUUCAUCACCAUGAACCCCGGCUACGCGGGCCGCACGGAGCUGCCCGAGUCGGUGAAGGCGCUCUUCAGGCCUGUGGUGGUCAUCGUGCCCGACCUGCAGCAGAUCUGCGAGAUCAUGCUCUUCUCCGAGGGCUUCCUGGGCGCCAAGGCUCUGGCCAAGAAGAUGACGGUGCUGUACAAGCUGGCCCGGGAGCAGCUGUCGAAGCAGAACCACUAUGACUUCGGGCUGCGCGCCCUCAAGUCGGUGCUGGUGAUGGCGGGGGAGCUGAAGCGGGGUUCCCCGGACCUCCGCGAGGACGUGGUGCUCAUGCGCGCCCUGCGGGACAUGAACCUGCCCAAGUUCGUGUUCGAGGAUGUCCCGCUCUUCCUUGGCCUCAUUUCCGACCUCUUCCCGGGGCUGGACUGCCCGCGCGUGCGCUACCCCGACUUCAACGAUGCCGUGGAGCAGGUGCUGGAGGAGAAUGGCUACGUGGUCCUGCCCGUGCAGGUGGACAAGGUGGUCCAGAUGUUCGAGACGAUGCUGACCCGCCACACAACCAUGGUGGUGGGGCCCACGGGAGGGGGCAAGUCUGUGGUCAUCAGCACUCUGUGUCAGGCCCAGACCCGGAUGGGGCUGACGACUAAGCUUUACAUCCUGAACCCCAAAGCUGUGAGUGUCAUCGAACUCUACGGCAUCCUGGACCCCACCACCCGGGACUGGACAGACGGGGUACUGUCCAACAUCUUCCGGGAGAUCAACAAGCCAACGGACAAGAAGGAGCGGAAGUACAUCUUGUUUGAUGGCGACGUGGAUGCUCUGUGGGUGGAAAACAUGAACUCGGUGAUGGACGACAACAAGCUGCUGACACUGGCCAACGGCGAGCGCAUCCGCCUGCAGGCACACUGCGCACUGCUCUUCGAGGGGAGUGUCGGAGACCUCCAGUAUGCCUCCCCUGCCACCGUGAGCCGCUGUGGAAUGGUGUACGUGGACCCUAAAAACUUGAAAUAUGAGCCUUACUGGAAAAAGUGGGUCAGUCAGAUACCGAACAAGCAAGACCAAAAAGAUCUCAACUCUCUGUUCGAGAAGUACGUGCCCUACCUCAUGGAGGUGAUCGUGGAGGGCAUCGUGGACGGGCGGCAGGGCGAGAAGCUGAAGACCAUCGUUCCCCAGACGGACCUCAACAUGGUGACCCAGCUGAGCCGGAUGCUGGAUGCGCUGCUGGACGGGGACAUCGAGGACAUUGACCUCCUGGAGUGCUACUUCCUGGAGGCGCUGUACUGCUCGCUGGGUGCUCCCCUGCUCGAGGACGGAAGGACCAGAUUCGACGAAAGUGUCAAGAAUGUGGCAUCCCUGCCAUCUGCCAGCACCGACGGGGUUUGGGCCAUCCCUGGGCAGCUGCCGGCGCAACUCCCCACCUUGUACGACUUCCAUUUCGACUCCACGCAGAAGAGGUGGAUUCCCUGGAGCUCCUUAGUUCCCCAGUAUGUCCACGACCCCGACAGGAAGUUCAUCGACAUCCUGGUUCACACAACGGACACCACCCGCAUCACCUGGAUGCUGGAGCAGAUGGUCAGGGUCAAACAGCCUGUCCUGCUGGUCGGAGAGUCGGGCACCUCCAAGACAGCCACCACCCAGAACUUCCUCAAGAACCUGAACGAAGAGACCAACCUGGUUCUGAUGGUGAACUUCUCCUCCCGCACCACGUCCUUGGAUAUCCAGAGGAACCUGGAAGCCAACGUGGAGAAGCGAACCAAAGACACCUACGGCCCCCCCAUGGGCAAGCGCCUCCUGGUCUUCAUGGACGACAUGAACAUGCCAAAGGUGGACGAGUAUGGCACACAGCAGCCCAUCGCGCUGCUGAAGCUGCUCUUGGAAAAAGGCUACUUAUACGACCGUGGGAAGGAGCUGAACUGUAAGAACAUCCGUGACCUCGGCUUCAUCGCUGCCAUGGGGAAGGCCGGAGGAGGACGCAACGAGGUCGACCCCAGGUUCAUCUCCCUGUUCAGCAUCUUCAACGUCCUGUUUCCCUCUGAGGAGUCUCUGCACCGGAUUUAUUUCUCCAUCCUGAGUGGCCACACCACGGGCUUCCACAGCAGCAUCGUGGCCAUGGUCGACUUGCUGACUCGCUGCACGCUGGACCUGUACCGCAGCGUCGUCCAGGAACUGCCCCCCACCCCGUCCAAGUUCCACUACAUCUUCAACCUCCGAGACCUCUCACGCGUCUUUAAUGGCCUCGUCCUCACAAACCCGCAGCGGUUCCAGACGGUGGGGCAGAUGGUGCGCGUGUGGAGGAACGAGUGUCUGCGUGUCUUCCACGACCGCCUUAUCAACACGACAGACAAGCUGCUGGUACAAGACCUCAUCCAGCUCUUGGUCAUGGAGCAUUUUCCAGACGAGGAGGAGGUGGUGAUGAGGGACCCCAUCUUGUUUGGGGACUUCCGGAUGGCUCUGAAUGAAGAGGAGACGCGUGUCUAUGAAGAUAUCCAGGACUACGAGGCCGCCAAGGCCUUGUUCCAGGAGCUCCUUGAGGAGUACAACGAGAGCAACACCAAAAUGAACCUGGUCCUCUUCGACGACGCGCUGGAGCAUCUGACCCGUGUGCACCGCAUCAUCCGCAUGUACCGCGGCCACGCCCUGCUGGUGGGUGUCGGCGGCUCGGGCAAGCAGUCCCUGGCCCGGCUGGCCGCCUUCACCGCCGGCUGCGAGGUGUUUGAGAUUCUCCUGAGUCGAGGCUACUCGGAGAACAAUUUCCGGGACGAUCUCAAGAGCCUGUACACGAAGCUCGGGAUCGAGAACAAGUCCAUGAUCUUCCUGUUCACUGAUGGCCACGUGGCAGAGGAGGGCUUCCUGGAGCUCGUCAACAACAUGCUGACCUCAGGAAUCGUGCCGGCGCUGUUUGCGGAAGAGGAGAAGGAGGCCAUCCUCAGCCAGAUUGGGCAGGAGGCCAUGAAGCAGGGCACGGGCCCGGCCAAGGAGUCAGUGUGGCAGUACUUCGUGAACAAGAGCGCCAACAACCUGCACAUGGUCCUGGGCAUGUCCCCAGUCGGGGACACCCUGAGAACCCGCUGCAGAAAUUUCCCAGGCCUGGUGAACAAUACGGGCAUCGAUUGGUUCAUGCCGUGGCCCACACAAGCCCUGCACGCAGUGGCCAAGUCCUUCCUCGGAGAUAACGCCUUGAUCCCCGGGGACAGUCUGGAGAGCCUGGUGGAGCAUGUCGUGAUGGUCCACGAGUCGGUGGACGACUUCAGCAAGCAGUUCCUGCAGAAGCUGAGGCGCAGCAACUACGUGACCCCCAAGAACUACCUGGACUUCAUCAACACGUACUCCAAGCUGCUGGACGAGAAGACCCAGUUUAACAUCGCGCAGUGCAAGCGUCUGGAGGGGGGGCUGGACAAGCUGAAGGAGGCCACCCUGCAGCUGGACGAGCUGAACCAGAAGCUGGCCGAGCAGAGGAUCGUGCUGGCCGAGAAGUCGGCCGCCUGUGAGGCGCUGCUGGAGGAGAUUUCCAUCAACACGGCCAUAGCGGAGGAGAAGAAGAAGCUGGCCGAGGAGAAGGCCAUGGAGAUCGAGGAGCAGAACAAGAUCAUCGCGGUGGAGAAGGCCGAGGCCGAGACGGCGCUGGCCGAGGUCAUGCCCGUCCUGGAGGCCGCCAAGCUGGAGCUGCAGAAGCUGGACAAGUCGGAUGUGACAGAGAUCAGGUCCUUUGCCAAGCCCCCGAGGCAGGUGCAGACGGUGUGCGAGUGUAUCCUCAUCAUCAAGGGCUACCGGGAGAUCAACUGGAAGACCGCCAAGGGCAUGAUGUCCGACCCCAACUUCCUGCGCUCUCUGAUGGAGAUGGACUUCGACGCCAUCACCCAGAGCCAAGUGAAGAACAUCCGGGGCCUCCUGAAAACGCUGAACACCACGGCCGAGGAGAUGGAGGCUGUGAGCAAGGCGGGCCUGGGCAUGCUCAAGUUCGUGGAGGCCGUCAUGGGCUACUGUGAGGUGUUCCGGGAGAUCAAGCCCAAGAGAGACAAGGUGGCCCGGCUGGAGCGCAACUUCUUCCUGACGAAGCGCGAGCUGGAGAAGAUCCAGAACGAGCUGGCAGCCAUCCACGCGGAGCUGGCCGCGCUGGGCGCCAAGUAUGAGGCGGCCAUCCUGGAGAAGCAGAAGCUGCAGGAGGAGGCGGAGAUCAUGGAGCGCCGGCUCAUCGCUGCCGACAAGCUCAUCUCAGGGCUGGGCUCGGAGAACAUCCGGUGGCUGAAGGAGCUGGCGGAGCUCAUGCACCGGCGCGUGAGGCUGCUGGGCGACUGCCUGCUGUGUGCCGCCUUCCUGAGCUACGAGGGCGCCUUCACCUGGGAGUUCCGCCACGCCAUGGUGCAGGAGGCCUGGCAGGAGGACCUGGUGCUGCGCGAGAUCCCGCUGAGCCAGCCCUUCCGCCUGGAGAGCCUGCUCACCGACGACGUGGAGAUCAGCAGGUGGGGCUCGCAGGGGCUGCCGCCCGACGAGCUCUCGGUGCAGAACGGCAUCCUGACCACCCGCGCCAGCCGCUUCCCCCUCUGCAUCGACCCCCAGCAGCAGGCUCUCAACUGGAUCAAGAGGAAAGAAGAGAGGAACAACCUGCGGGUGGCGUCCUUCAAUGACCCCGACUUCCUGAAGCAGCUGGAGAUGGCCAUCAAGUACGGGACCCCCUUCCUGUUCCACGAUGUGGACGAGUACAUCGACCCCGUCAUCGACAACGUCCUGGAGAAGAACAUCAAGGUGUCCCAGGGGCGCCAGUUCAUCAUCCUGGGGGACAAGGAGGUAGACUACGACCCCAACUUCAGGCUCUACCUCAACACCAAGCUGGCCAACCCCAAGUACUCGCCGUCCGUGUUCGGGAAGGCCAUGGUCAUCAACUACACGGUGACGCUGAAGGGCCUGGAGGACCAGCUGCUGAGCGUGCUGGUGGCCUUCGAGAGGCGGGAGCUGGAGGAGCAGCGGGAGCACCUCAUCCAGGAGACGUUCGAGAACAAGAACCUGCUGAAGGACCUGGAGGACUCACUGCUGCGCGAGCUGGCCACGUCCACGGGGAACAUGCUGGACAAUGUGGAGCUGGUGCACACGCUAGAGGAGACCAAGUCCAAGGCCACCGAGGUCUCCGAGAAGCUCAAGCUGGCUGAGAAGACGGCCGUGGACAUCGACCGGCUGCGGGACGGCUACAGGCCGGCGGCGAGGCGCGGGGCCAUCCUGUUCUUCGUGCUGUCGGAGAUGGCGCUGGCCAACUCCAUGUACCAGUACUCCCUCGCCGCCUUCCUCGACGUGUUCAGCCUGUCGCUCAAGAAGUCCCUGCCCGACUCCAUCCUGCAGAAGCGCCUGAAGAACAUCAUGGACACGCUGACCUUCAACAUCUACAAUUACGGCUGCACGGGCCUGUUUGAGAGGCACAAGCUGCUCUUCUCCUUCAACAUGACCAUCAAGAUGGAGCAGGCGGAGGGCCGGAUCCCGCAGGAGGAGCUGAACUUCUUCCUGAAAGGAAACAUCUCCCUGGAGAAGAGCCCGCGGAAGAAGCCGUGCGCGUGGCUGGCUGACCAGGGCUGGGAGGACAUCAUGCUGCUGUCACAGCUGUUUGCAGACAGCUUCGGGGACCUCCCCAAUGAAAUCGAGAAGAACCUCUCUGUCUGGCAGGAGUGGUACGACCUGGAUUCGCUGGAGCAGUUCCCGUUCCCCCUGGACUACGACACGCGCAUCACCCCCUUCCAGAAGCUGCUCAUCCUGCGCUGCUUUCGAGUGGACCGCGUGUACCGGGCGGUGACCGACUACGUGACCGCCACCAUGGGGGAGAAGUACGUGCAGCCCCCCAUGAUCAGCUUCGACGCCAUCCUGGAGCAGAGCACCCCCAACUCCCCCAUCGUAUUCAUCCUGAGCCCCGGCUCGGAGCCCGCCAGCGACCUCAUGAAGCUGGCCGAGAGAAGCGGCUUCGGGGGAAACCGCCUCAAGUUCCUGGCCAUGGGCCAAGGCCAGGAGAGGGUGGCGCUGCAGCUGCUGGAGACGGCGGUGGCCCGCGGGCAGUGGCUGAUGCUGCAGAAUUGCCACCUGCUGGCCAAGUGGCUCAAGGACCUGGAGAAGUCUCUGGAGAGGAUCACCAAGCCGCACCCCGACUUCCGCCUGUGGCUGACCACUGACCCCACCAAGGGCUUCCCCAUCGGGAUCCUGCAGAAGGCCCUCAAGGUGGUCACGGAGCCCCCCAACGGGCUGAAGCUCAACAUGAGAGCCACUUACUUCAAGAUCUCCCACGAGGCGCUGGAGCAGUGCCCGCACCCGGCCUUCAAGCCCCUGGUGUACGUGCUGGCCUUCUUCCACGCCGUGGUGCUGGAGAGGAGGAAGUUCGGGAAGAUUGGCUGGAACGUGAGCUACGACUUCAACGAGUCUGACUUCCAGGUCUGCAUGGAGAUUCUGAACACGUACCUGACCAAGGCCUUCCUGCAGCAGGACCCCCGCAUCCCCUGGGGCAGCCUCAAGUACCUGAUAGGAGAGGUCAUGUACGGAGGCCGGGCCAUCGACAGCUUCGACCGCCGCAUCCUGACCAUCUACAUGGACGAGUACCUGGGCGACUUCAUCUUCGACACCUUCCAGCCCUUCCACUUCUUCCGCAACAAGGACGUGGACUACAAGAUCCCCGUGGGCGACGUCAAGGACAAGUUUGUCGAAGCCAUCGAGGCCCUCCCACUCGCCAACACGCCCGAGGUGCUGGGCCUGCACCCCAACGCGGAGAUCGGCUACUACACGCAGGCGGCUCGGGACAUGUGGCGCCACCUGCUGAACCUGCAGCCCCAGACAGGGGAGUCCAGCAGCGGCAUUAGCCGCGACGACCACAUCGGCCAGGUGGCCAAGGACAUCAAGAACAAGCUGCCCGCGCCCUUCGACCUGGACCAGGUCCGGAAGCACCUGGGCGUGGCCGUCACGCCCACGUCGGUGGUGCUGCUGCAGGAGCUCGAGCGCUUCAACAAGCUGCUGCUCCGCAUGUCCAGAUCGCUGGCUGAGCUCCAGAGGGCCUUGGCCGGAGAGGUCGGCAUGAGCAGCGAGCUGGACGACGUGGCCAGGUCCCUCUUCAUCGGCAGCAUCCCGCACAUCUGGAGGAAGCUGGCGCCCGCCACCCUCAAGUCCCUGGGCAACUGGAUGGUCUACUUCCUGCGGCGCUUCAGCCAGUACACGGCCUGGGUCGGGGACGGCGAGCCCAAUGUCAUGUGGCUGUCUGGACUGCACAUUCCCGAGUCCUACCUCACGGCCCUGGUGCAGGCCACCUGCCGGCGCAACGGCUGGCCACUGGACCGCUCCACCCUCUUCACGCAGGUGACCAAGUUCCAGGACGCGGACGAGGUGAUGGAACGUGCAGGACAAGGCUGCUUCGUCUCAGGUCUGUACCUGGAGGGCGCUGGCUGGGACCUGGAGAGAGGCUGCCUGGUCAGGAGCCGGCCCAAGGUGCUGGUGGUGGACCUGCCCAUCCUGAAGGUCAUCCCCAUUGAGAGCCACCGCCUCAAGCUGCAGAACACCUUCCGGACGCCCGUGUACACCACCUCCACCCGCAGGGACGCCAUGGGCGUAGGGCUGGUCUUCGAGGCCGACCUCUUCACCGGGCAGCACAUCUCGCACUGGGUGCUGCAGGGCGUGUGCCUCACCCUCAACUCGGACUAGC